AUGUCUUCGACCACUGCUAACUCUGCCAGUAAAUAUAAAAAGCGUAAGAAAUGGAGUCAAAAUGAUAUGGCUGCUGCAAUAUUAGCAGUUCGAGACAAGAAAAUGGGCUAUUUAAAGGCAGCAAAAACUUAUAAUGUACCCAGAACCACCUUAUUUCGACUUGUUCAAGAAAAUGACACAGCACAAGAAUCAGCGGAUGGCAUUGCUGAAAACGAACAAGAAGCACGUAGUCCUAUCGCUGCAAGUCCACAAGUCAUAAAUGAAGCUAGAAAGCAUUCACCAACCCUAUUACAAGGUUUCGAUGACAGUUAUGUUGAUGUUUCGUCAGAUAGCAGACAACAGUCAAAUGAAAUUGUGUCGGAAACAGAUCCUCCAUCAGUAAACCUUCCUGAUAUUGCCAUGCGAGAAGAACAAGAAAAAGAAAAUCUUCCUGGACCUUCUCGUAGUAACCCCAUUGUGACACCGUUUCAAAUCUCACCAGUUCCUACUUCCAAAUAUCGGUCAUCAAAUCGAGGUCGUAAGCCAGGUAAAUCUGAAAUAAUUUCUAGUUCACCCUACAAAAAGCAAUUGGAAGAAGCAAUAAACAAAAAAAAAAAACUGAAAAAACCAUUUGAAAAUGAGUAUAAAAAUAGAAACAAAGAAAAGAAAACAAAUAGAAAUUUAAAAGGAAAAGGGAAAGGAAAGGGAAAAGGGAAAAGUUCCAAAUCGACCAAAAGAAAGAUAUUUCCAGAAAAAGACACAGAGUCUGAUAGUGAUGAUACAUUCGCAUCUGAUGAAUCAGAAGAAGAUAUACCCUCUUAUGCUAAUGUGAGACAACCUACAGGAAAUGACUGUAUUUGUUUUUUCUGUAAUGGAAAAUUUACCGAAGAUCAAAGGUUAGAACAAUGGGUGCAAUGCUUCACAUGCGAAGGCUGGGUGCACAGCGAAUGUGCUGGUUAUGAUUCGGGUUGCUAUGUUUGUGAUUACUGCAAAGACUAG